AUGGCUUCCAGACUCUCACUCAUUUCCAUUCCCAAUCUUCCAACCCCAGCUAGAACAUUCCCAAAACACCCUCAACAAAUACCUCUUUUUUCUCUUCCACCUCAUAGUUUUCAUGUAAAUCCCUCCUUCAAUUCGAGGACCAUUUCGAGCUCUAAUGGAGGAUCAUCGCCAGCACUUCAUGCUGUCCGAGAGGAAGUGAUCCCAUCCACCAGUUCAGAUUCCACCAGUGAUUCCAAAACUGCCCCUUCCUCCUCUUCCAAGGUCGUUCUCGUCAUUGGAGGCACCGGCGGUGUUGGUCAGCUGGUAGUGGCUUCGUUGCUCAACCGGAAUAUCAAGGCACGCCUAUUAUUGCGCGACCCUGAGAAAGCAACUACGUUGUUUGGUGAACAAGAUGAAGAGAAAUUGCAGGUCUUCAAAGGAGACACUCGGAAUGCAGACGAUCUAGAUCCAUCUAUUUUUGAGGGAGUCACACAUGUGAUUUGCUGCACAGGAACUACGGCUUUUCCUUCGAAGCGGUGGGAAGGGGAUAAUACACCAGAAAGAGUUGAUUGGGAGGGCGUGAGAAAUCUUGUAUCUGUACUGCCUUCUUCGCUGCAGAGAGUUGUUCUUGUAUCAUCAGUAGGUGUAACCAAGUUCAAUGAACUGCCUUGGAGCAUUAUGAACCUUUUUGGUGUUCUCAAAUAUAAGAAAAUGGGGGAGGAUAUUCUUCGUAAUUCUGGUCUAUCAUUUACAAUAAUCAGACCUGGUAGAUUGACAGAUGGACCUUACACAUCAUAUGAUCUUAAUACAUUACUGAAAGCUACAGCUGGCCAACGCCGUGCAGUCCUAAUAGGUCAAGGAGAUAAACUAGUUGGAGAGGUUAGCAGACUCGUUGUUGCUGAAGCUUGCAUACAGGCAUUGGACAUAGAAUGUACUGAAGGAAAAACUUUUGAAGUUAACUCAGUUGAGGGAGAAGGUCCAGGAAGCGAUCAGCAAAAGUGGAGGGAAUUAUUCAAAGCUGCCCAAGCUCAAUAA